AUGGACGAACAAAGCAUUUGGAGUUUCUGUUUGGCGCGGAAUUCGCUUUGGGAAGAAAGAUUCUUACUCGUAUCGAUGACUUUACUCAAAAUGCCAGGAGCUGUCGACGUGUUGCAGCAAUUUGCAAACGACGACUUGUUUGACGCGGAGCUCGGGGAAGAUAGUGAUGGUGGACGAGAUGGGAAUUUUACAGACAACGAAAGCGCUCCAAAAUCCCCGGCACCCGAGCGCAUCGACAGGAAAGAAGAAGACAGUUCGGGCGGAGAAGCUGCAAAUGGAGAUUCUGGGGAAGACAAUACAUCUGAAAAGAAAAAGAAACAUCGAAGACGAGAAUCUAGAAAGAAGUCUCCCAGGCCCCGUAAAGCAAAGAAGGCAGAACUUAUGUCAAUGCACAGUGAAACACAGAGAAUGGUCAGAGAAUCAAUAGUCAAGCUUCCAUACCACUUGCCAGCUGCUCUUCCAAUAGCUCAUUUUCUGAAAAGGGUGCCACUAACAGAUCAGAAGAAUUCCAACAGCCCUAGGGUAGUUUCUUCAGGGGGUCCUCUUGAAAACCAGACAUCACUAAUUGGUAAUGGUAAGCCUGAUGACCAAGAACAUGCUAGUCCCUUAAUUGCCGACACUGCUAGUCCCACAGCUGCUGCUGGUGCAGUUAAGGUGAUGUCUAAAGCAGCCACGCCAAAGCUGAGUGCUGCUACAGAUCCAUUCUUCUUGGACUUAGAUGCUGACCCACCUAUGGCAAAGCCAUUAAGUAGUGGCGUGCAGAGUUUAAAAGAUAGAUUUUUGAAGCACACCUUUAAGCCUCAAGACAAGUCAGCCACUGCAAAGAAGCUCACUGAGAGAAAAGAUCACCCAACAGAGGAGGUCUCUUUGGUAGACACACCCAAACCUAAGGGGGUAAACCCAGUCCUUAGUAAUGAGAAACUCAUGACUGCCAAGACACCUGGCUCCAGGCUUCAACUUCUGAAGGAACAAUUACAAAAAGAAAUGAGAGUAAAACGAGCUGAAAACAGGAAAAUACAAGAAUCUCAGCGGAAGUUAGACAAUGAAGAAAUGAGUGAGGAAGAAGAAGAAGAAGAAGAGAUGACAGAUGAAGAAGAUGAUUCUGAUUAUGAACUUGACAAGUGGAAUGAAGAUGAUGAGCAAAAGCAAGAGGAAGGUGGCAGUGAAGUUGAUGGGGAAGACGGAGAAGACAAAGAGGUUAAGGAUAAGAAUGACUUCUUGGAUGAUGAAGCAGAUGAAAGUGAUCAUGAUGAUUUUGGUGAUGGCAGAGAUGACGUUGACUCAGGAUCUGAGGGAGAUGUCAGUGAUGAUGGUGAAAAUGACAACAGCGCAGAUGAAAACUCUGCCUUUAGUGAUGAUGAAUUUUCCAUUACAUCUCUUCAUUCAUUGAAAAAGAAACAAAAACAAAGUUUAAUAAAGGAAUCAAUCGUCCAUUCAAAGGAAGAAACUAUGGAUCUCUUCUGUGACAGCCGUUCCAGAGGACUGGAAAAUGAUGGGUCUUUAGAGAAAAACAGUAACAAUGAGAAAGGCACUGGAGAGAGUGUGGAAAGCCUUUGUCUACGGCUAGACAGUUUGGAAGAUGGUGAUGAUACAAAUUUCAACUUUCCCAGCUCACCAGUAUCAUCUAAGAUGAAGGCUAAAAUGAAAAAUGUGGCAAAUAUUUCUGAGGCAUCACAGGAGUCCAGCCAGUCAAGUUUUGGGGUAGGGCUAGGGUCAGAGUUUGGUGAGAAUGCAAACAGUCUUGAGGCUAGCAGUGACAGUAGUGUGAUACCACCAGGAGAGGGGGAUAGUAGAGCCCUUGGAGACAGGAGUUCAGGGAAGAAAACACCCGAGAUAUUCUCAUCAUUUUCCAGAGUCAGAAAUCUCAUUGGUAUAGGAAAUUAUGGUGAUACACUGUACGAAAAGAAGUCUGGCAAAUUAUCUCAGCUCACACUUCCCAUUGAAGAUUCCCAGGACUUGUUUGAUCAUGGGAAUGAUAGGAAUGUUGAAGAUAACAACUCUCAGCAACUAAAAACAGGAUCAGAGCCCAUGUCUAGUGAUUUCCACUUCUCUCUUGAUGAAGAUACGCAGUUCACUCAAAUUCUGAACACUCAGGGUUUCCUGAACUCCAGUAAAAAGAGCCAAACAAAAACAAAGAAUCUUUUCAAUGACAAAAUCAGUGGAAAUACCCAGCCAGCCAUGAAGGAACUGCUCGGGUUGUGUUCUGGAAGAUUUAGUGACAACGAAGACAGUGAACCUCUUCAUAACACCGAAACUCAAAAUAAAACAAAGGGGCAGAGGAAAAGCUUAAAAUUUGACACACAAAGCAAACAGUGCAGCAUGAAUGAACUACUGGAUUUGUGCUCAGGGAAGUUCAGCGAUGAUGAUAAUGGUGAUGAUGAGAUAGGUGAGGUGUUAGAGAGGCAACAAAAGGGUUCAGAGCAAAGGGAAACAGAGGUUGGUCAAGAAGAGGACAAGAUUGAUGUUGAGGACAAUGACGAGAAAAGGGAUAAGGAGAGUGAUGAUGACAACGAAGAGAGUGACCCUGAAGAGAUGAUUCUUAAAAGAAAGUAUGGCAAGACUUAUGGCACAAAGGAAAAGAAUGUUUUUGAUAAAAGAAAUUUUUUGGAGGAAGAAGCUGAGUUAUCUGGCAGUGAUGUAGGAUCUGAUGAAGAUGAAGAUAUUGCCACAGAUGAUGAUGUUUUGGACGAGGAAUCUGGAGGAGAAGAUUUACCAUCUGAUGAAGAACUGCAGAAACAGAUUAAUAAAGUUCAUAUGAAAUCAAUCCACGACCAGGACAACGUGGAACUAAGAGCUGUCAAAGAAAUGUUCCUCCCUGAUGGCGAUCUUUAUUCAGAUGGGCAGGGCCGCACAAGGCACUUCCGGUGGAGGGGUAUUGAUGAGAAUUCACAGUUUAAUCUGUUUGGCGACAAAGGCUUGUGGGGCGACGAAGAGGGAGAGCCAACUGAACUGAGUACCGAAGAAGAGAUACAAAGACGCAAGGAAAGAUAUGAAAGAGAAACGUUUCUGAGAGAAGAACUGGAAAAAAAGAAAGAGAGUAAUAUGUUAGAUCUUGACGAAAACAGCCAAAAUAUUCUCAAUAAGAUUAAAGAUACGAGUAGUCAGUUACCAGAAGCUCCAGUGAAGCCCCAAGCAAUCAUACUGAACUACAAAAACAGCGUAGCGCCAGUGUCAAAGAAAAAAACCUCUUUUAAAGGAUCCUUUUUGAAGCACAAUAAAACGACUCUAUCAAGACUUUCCUCGCUCACAUCCAAUGCGCCGAAUGCGUCCGCCACAACACGAGGAUUUGUCUUUCAUACAGUGUCACCGUCUGGCAAGAACAACUCUAAUGCUAAGAAAUUACAACGCACAAAUUCUGCAAUAGAGCUACCGGCGUCCAAGAAACCACGAUUGGACAGAGCCCUUAGUGAUUCGACCAGCGUGUUCUCCAUGUUAUAACACCAGACUGUAUUUAAAGACAACUACGAAGGGCGGGAAGUUCACGUAACUUCCGCAGCAAGCGGUAUUAAGUGCGUGUGAAGUAUAGUCUGGUGGUGGAGCUGCGAUACGCCUUGAUAAAUUUCAUUCAUAGCUAACUUAAGAAACUGUUAGCUACACAAUUUAAGCCGAUGAAUGAACUUUAGUUAUCAUUAAAAUCCACCAAAUCCA